UUGAAGUGGAGGGGCCACAGCAGCAGAGGGCCACACCAGGCGGCACUACAACCAAGAACACCAAGGCUACAGUUCCCACAGGCUCACUGAAACUGGACAGUAACCAAUGGAAGACGUUACCUGGUCUUCCGAGCCUUGAUUUCGGCUGUGACAUUCACAUGAUAUGGUCGUUAAAAACAAAUCAACAACAAAGCAUGGAUCUGUGCCUUACAGAAUGAUGUUGGUGAGAGUGUACUGGUGUGGGGGAUAUUUUCUGGGCACGCUUUGGGCUCCUUGGUACCAACUGAGCAUUGUUUAAAUGCUGCAACCUACCUGAGUAUUGUUGCUGACCAUGCUGAUCCUUUUUAUGACUGCAGUACUUCCAGCAGGAUAAUCCACCAUGCCACAAAGCUCAAAUCAUCACAAAUUGGUUUCUAAAAAAGGACAACGAGUUCACUGUACUCCAGCGGCUCUCUCCGCUCAUCCAAACGCCAUUCCUGGAUGAAAGGAAACAAAGAGACGGCAUUACCACACCCUCCGUUCACCGUCACCUGCCAAACUCAGAUUCUACUGAUGUGCUCACCUCCUCCUGGACUUCCUCCAUCUGUUUUCUCAUCGUUGUUCAUCAUUUCAUUAUCCACACCAAAGACCCUGACCGGUCCUCCCCAGCGUCCAUCCAGGAUCCCUGGAAACCCAGAAGACCUUCCCCCUGUACAUUGCUUUCAAUAAAUCUUUCAAACCUGUCCAUUGUGUCCGUAACUGUUGGCAGUGGUAGAAACAUGAGAGCAUUGAAGUAUGACGCUGCUGACCUUUAUGCAGCAACUGCCCACAAGGUGUGGGACCAUUUUAGCCAGGCAUCAAUGCUCGUCUUAGAGGAAGAGGUUUCCACCUCCAAAACCUACUCUGAGAUUGCACACCAGACCCUGAUGGAUGCUGGCAUGCAACGUUUGGAUGUAUUUCUGCUUCAUUGCUUCUAGAUUAACUAAUCAGAUAAUUAACAGGACUCUAUUGGACUUGACUUCAUGUUGAGGAGUUAAUUCACCCGUCUGACUCGGGUAUGAUGAACUAAGGAUGCAUCUAGGAGUUCCAGGACAUCAGCCCUCAAAGACUGGAGUUUGAGACCUUUAAAGAGUCACAUUGUGUGUGGAUGGACCAGAAGAAGCCACGAUGCCUGCCGGGACUCUCGUAAGGCUUCUGGCCGUGUUCUCGGCUGUUUCCCUGGUCGCUGCGGUGGAUGUGGAGUCAGAGGCGAGGGCGUUCCUGGAGAGGUUUGACCAGAAUGCCAGCGAGAAGAUGUACCAGUACUCACUGGCAUCAUGGGCCUACAACACCGACAUCAGCCAGGAGAACUCGGACAAAUUGUCAGAGCAGGGCCAAAUCUGGAGCGCUUUCUACAGCCAGGCCUCAGAGGAAUCCCUUAAAUAUCCCAUCGACCAAAUAAAGGACCCGCAGAUUAAAUUACAGCUAAUCUCUUUACAAGACAAAGGUUCUGGAGCGCUUUCUCCGGACAAAGCUGCACGUCUCAGUGAGGCCAUGAGCGAGAUGAGCACAAUCUACAGCACUGCAACCGUUUGCCUGCUUGACGACCCCCUUAAGUGCGAGACUUUGGAGCCAGGCCUGGAGCAUGUGAUGGCCAACAGCAAAAACUACGCGGAGCGUCUUCACGUGUGGGAGGGCUGGAGGAAAGAGGUGGGGAAGAAGAUGAGGCCUUUGUACGAAGACUAUGUGGACCUGAAGAAUGAAGCUGCCAAGCUUAACGGGUUUGAAGACUAUGGAGCUUAUUGGAGAUACAAUUAUGAGACCAUUGAGGAAGACGUUCAGUACAAGUAUACCAGAGAUCAGCUGAUGGAAGACGUUCGUUCAAUAUACAAAGAGAUCAUGCCUCUAUACAAGGAGCUGCAUGCCUAUGUGAGAGCCAAGCUUAUGGAGGUCUACCCAGGACACAUUGAAUCAGAUGGACCACUGCCUGCCCACCUUCUUGGUGACAUGUGGGGAAGAUUCUGGACCAACCUGUAUCCUCUGUCGAUCCCUUACCCUGACAAACCAGACAUUGAUGUCAGCAGCACUAUGGUGGAGCAGGGCUGGAAUGAAACACUUUUUUUUAAAGAAGCAGAGAAGUUCUUUAUGUCUGUGGGGUUAUACGAGAUGUUUGACAACUUCUGGACUAACUCCAUGCUGGUGAAGCCCGACGAUGGACGGAACGUGGUCUGUCACCCCACAGCCUGGGACAUGGGAAACAGAGAGGACUUCAGGAUAAAAAUGUGCACCAAGGUCAACAUGGACGACUUCCUCACCGUGCACCAUGAGAUGGGUCACAACCAGUACCAGAUGGCUUACCGCAACCUGUCCUACCUUUUGAGGGACGGAGCUAACGAGGGUUUCCACGAGGCCGUCGGAGAAAUCAUGUCCCUCUCUGCUGCCACGCCCAAACACCUGCAAACCCUGGGACUUCUGCCCCCAGACUUCGUUUAUGACAGCGAGACUGAGAUCAACUUCCUGCUGAAACAGGCCCUCACCAUUGUGGCCACGCUGCCUUUCACCUACAUGCUGGAGGAGUGGCGCUGGCAGGUGUUUGCAGGGAAUAUCCCCAAAGAUGAGUGGAUGAAGCGCUGGUGGGAGAUGAAGAGGGAGCUGGUGGGAGUUGCUGAGCCCGUACCGAGAGAUGAAACUUACUGCGACCCACCUGCUCUGUUCCACGUGUCUGGGGACUACUCCUUCAUCAGGUAUUUUACAAGAACCAUCUACCAGUUUCAGUUCCAGAAAGCGCUGUGUGACGCAGCCGGUCACACUGGUGAUUUGUCCUCAUGCGACAUCACGGGCUCCAAGGAAGCUGGAACCAAGCUGAGAAACAUGUUAGAGCUGGGGAGGUCCCAGUCCUGGACCAGGGCUUUGCAAACAAUAUCUGGAGAUGUUAGAAUGGAUGCCAGGGCCUUGUUAGACUACUUCAAAAAACUUCACGACUGGUUGAAGCAGGAUAACUUGAAACACAACAGGGCUGUAGGCUGGAGGACAACAGCGGAUCCAAAUUCAGAAAAUGCCAUUAAAGUGAGAAUAAGUUUGAUAUCUGCCAUGGGGGACGAUGCUUAUCCCUGGAAUGUCAACGAGAUGUUCCUGUUCAAGGCCAGCAUUGCUUACGCCCUCAGGCAGUACUACAGCCAAAAGAACCAGAACCUUAAUUUCACAACAGAGCACAUUAUCACCUUUGAGGAGACGCCCAGGAUCUCCUUCUACAUGAUGGCCACCCAUCCAGAAAACCGCUCUGCAUACAUUCCCAAGUCUGAUAUGGAAGCGGCAAUCAGGUUAUCUCGAGGUCGAAUCAACGAAGCCUUCCAAUUAGAUGACCAGACGCUCGAGUUUGUAGGUAUCCAGCCUACGCUGGCCCCGCCCAUAAAGCAGCCCGUGGAGGUGUGGCUGGUGGUAUUUGGUGUUGUGAUGGGCAUCGUGGUGGCACUGGGUCUCUACCUCAUCAUAACUGGUGUCAGGGAGCGUAAGAAGAAACCUUCAAAGUCAACUGUGGAGAAUCCUUACAACAUAGACACUGACGGGAUUAGUAACGCCGCCUAUGAUGACUUUAACAAUGAACAAACUGGACUUUAAGGAGCCAAAGAACUGAGGGAAGGUUGUGGCUCGGGGAGCCUAAUCUCACAGUCAGCUGUGUGUGACCUUUCACAUGCAUUUUUGUAUUUGAUAAAUGUGAAUAUAUGUGAAAGUUUCAGUAUUGUAAAUAUAUUUAGUGAAGAAACAAAGACAAGAAAGCAGGCUUAAUUGCCAAUUAAUUUUAUGUUUACUGAGGUUGAAUAAUAACAGUGUACCUAAAUGGUGUAGUAUUAUACUUAAUUUAUUUUAGUUUUUUAAAGGCAAUUUCUGGCAUGGUGACAAUUAUUACAAUAUUAACAGGGUAAAAGUGUAAAUAUUUUAAUGUGCUAAGCUUCAAAAAUGUCAGGAGUUUAUUAGGAAAAGUCAUUUAUAUUGGAGGUUAUGCCAGUUUCCAUACACAAGGGUUAGACUAAGUGAGCAUCAACCCAUUAAGGUUGAGGUGCAAUAGCUGCAAGCUUUAUAUCCAACAUGUCUUCUUCUCAAGUUCUUUUUACUCUUCUACUGAAAUUACUUAAAGGGUAAAGGAAUUUAAUUCUGCUGUCAAUGUUGAUCUUAAUUAUUGGCUGAUGGGCAAUUUACUUUGUGCUUAACAUUUCAGAUGUUUUAGAUUGUAUGAGGGGAUUUAAUUUUAUAUUAAUAGACUGUUUAUUUGGUUUGAAAAUAUCACAUUGCCGCUGCACACCUAUAAGUACCACUACAAUAGUAAAAAGGGUCUAAUCCAUUAUUGUUGCUGCUACAAUAAAUGAUAAUGGGGAAAAGUG